CGUCUGAUCACGGUGAAAGAAACCCUCUUCUUGCAAAAGUCCCAAUUGUUUGGCACCAUCUCACCAAUUAUUAGUGGCGCCUCGAUACCGCAAAACUUCCGAGACGUUUGAACGUAGUUUGUAAUUAAUCAACGAGAGACUUAGUCGAAGUUUGUAUUCUGCUCCAAACUUGGAUCGGGCUAUCACGAUGCUACUUCGAUAUUCUCUGAUCCUUGCCUUCGCGUCUGUCGCAGCCGCUUUUCUCGGCUGGGGCACAACGACCCUCCAGGCAAGCAACUCGCGGCAGUUUGACGUUUAUUGGAACGUGCCUAGCUUUAUGUGUAAUCAGUACAACGUGAGAUUCGAUGAUCUCAAGGAUUUUGGAAUUCAUCAAAAUACGAUGGAUGAGUUUCGCGGUGAAGAAAUCGCAAUCCUUUAUGAUCCCGGAAUGUUUCCGGCGUUAUUGACCGAUAAAACUGGGACCGUAACAAACGUAAGAAACGGCGGUGUUCCUCAAGAAGGUGAUCUGAAAAAACACCUCGAGAUGUUCCAAAAGCACUUGAUUAAACAAAUCCCAGACGGGUCGUUUAGCGGUAUUGGCGUGAUAGAUUUUGAAAGCUGGCGACCUAUCUUCCGACAAAAUUGGGCCUCUCUCGAGCCCUACAAAACUCUGUCUCUAAAGCUAGAACAUAAGAGACAUCCCUUUUGGAGCGAGAGCGCUACCAAAAAGGAAGCGAAGCGUCGCUUUGAAAAAUAUGCCAGAAUAUUUAUGGAGGAGACACUGAAUAUGGCAAAGAAGCUUCGAUCUAAAGCCAAAUGGGGUUAUUAUGGUUACCCAUAUUGCUUUAAUCAGACUCCUGGCCAACCUACUGCGCAUUGCAAUCGUCAGACUAUGGCAGAGAACAACGAAAUGUCUUGGCUCUUCACGCUCGAGGACGUGCACUUGUCUUCUGUGUACUUGAGACAGGAGAUCAGAGGAGAAGAUCGGGUGGGCUUCGUGAAGGGUAGAGUAUCCGAGGCGCUACGUAUGGCAGGCAAAAUUCCGCGCAAACAACAAGUUCUUCCCUAUUACUGGUUCAAGUAUCAGGAUAACAGAGAUAACUUCUUAAGUGAGAAAGACACGGAGAACACAUUUAACACGAUCGCUAACCUCGGCGCUGACGGUUUGAUUAUUUGGGGUAGUUCUGAAGAUACAAAUACAGAACAGAAAUGCAAGGACCUGCUACACUAUGUGAGAACAAUUCUGGGACCAGCGAUAAAGCGAAUCAAAUAGUUCUAAGUAGCGAAAUAACGCAAAGUUUUAGAGAAAUUGCACUGUCUCCAGUACAAAUCUUUUUUUUUGCUUAUUUAGUCUUAAUACACACGAUGAUUUUUUGAUCUUUUAUUAUACAUGAUAGGUUGUUCGC